ACUUAGAAAAUGUCUAUUUUUCAUAAAAAUCCGCAAUCUAGUUAUCAGCUUCAGUCUCUUGAAAUAGACAGUCUCUGUUUCAUUGGAAGAUCGAUUUCAAAAAGACAUUUUUUCUGAGCAUUUUAAUCGAUUCAGCAUUGAAAAUACAUCCUCUGCAACGGUCAUCCACCCAAAUCAUCAAAAUUAGACACAAAAAUAAAUGAAACGAGAAAAAGAAAGUAUUUUUUAGACGUAAAUACUGCUGUGUUCAGUAGUGUCGCGACAUGAAGGCGAUGCGCGAAUGAGAUGAAGAUUAAGAAACAUAUCGAAUUUUUGAAAUUCUGUCGUAAACAUUAUUUCAUUCGCUUUUCGAUGCACAAAGAUCAAAAUAUGAAUCGAUGUCGCUACUAUCCAAUCCAAACAAGAGAGUACCCACUUUCAUCAACUUUAUCAUUGGUGGAGUGUCUGGGGUCGUGGGACAGACUACAACGCACCCCUUGGAUGUAACCAAAGUGCGAAUGCAGAUUUCGAAGACUAGCUUCGGUGCGACGAUAAAAGAAACUUUACGAACAGUCGGAUUACGUGGAUUUUACGUUGGUUGGACCGCUGCUGUUCUUCGACAGUUAACAUAUAGCACGACUAGACUCGGGAUAUACACUACUUUGUACGACGUUUGUCAACAAUAUUUCGGACGCUUGAAUUUUGCAACAAUGAUCGGUAUCGGAAUGGUGUCCGGCGUUGUGGGUUCGUUUCUUGGAACUCCAACUGAUUUGGUUUUAGUUCGCAUGAUAGCAGACAUGAAACUACCCCCCGAAAAGCGGUGGAAUUAUAGAAAUGGCUUUACCGGGUUAAUCGAUAUUGGGAGGAAAGAUGGUGUGCGUGCACUAUGGCGGGGAGCAGUACCAACUAUGAUCAGGGGAGCCGUCGUCAAUGGAACCCAAUUGGGUACAUACAGCAAGUCGAAGCUAAUGUUGUUAGACACAGGCUAUUUCGAAGAAGGUGUUCUAUUGCAAUUUUGUGCAGCUAUGAUCUCUGGACUGUUGACGUGCACAGCUUCACUUCCUAUGGACGUAUCUAAAACUAGAAUACAAAAUUGGGUCUCUCCACCGAAACCACCAGGCUUUUUCGUGGUGAUGAUCGGCAUAGCACAAAAAGAAGGGAUGCUUGCACUAUGGCGAGGAUUUUCGCCGUAUUAUGCACGAGCUGCGCCUAAUACUGUGUUCACAAUGAUAAGCGUCGAACAGCUUCAUCGUCUAUACAUGAAACUGUUCCAGCCGCUUGAAGAAUGAAGACUAAAUGAAGACUGAAAUAAACGUUUUCGUAUCUUCUUCAUUUCUAAAAAGAAACGUGAAAUGUUUUUAUUACGUACUUAUGCUUAUCGCGUACUUGUAUUUAUCAAUAAAAUUCACUAUAUCUAGUGAUCAACAUAAUUUAA